AUGCAUGAUCCGAUGGCAAUGCGACCUUUUAUGGCCCUUUUAACAUUGUGUAAUCAUACCAAGAGCCAUGAAGACAAAGAACGUCCUGUGAUCAAAGAGUAUCUACCAUUUGUAGGUAAUGGCGAACAAAGCACCUUAUUAUGGGUAAUCAUUUAUGGAGUAAUUGAAUGGAUAAUAAGACGUCUGGAUGGUGAUGAGUCGAUUGGACAAAAAAGUGCGAUUGGUAUCGUACCCAAGGAAGGUUCGUUGAAUCUUGAAGGCCUUCGUGAUGUAAACAUAAAAGAAUUAUUAAGCAUUCCGAAGCAGUAUCGGGUGGAAGCUGAUUACAUUAGGAUUUUAAUAGUUAAUUACUUGGAAA